AUGGCCACACUUUCUGAUGAAUUUGAUACUGUGCUUGAAUUUCCAUCCCAUAAAUAUCCUGAUGUAAUUAAGUUAAGUUAUACAUUCAAAGAUUUUAAAGCAAAGAUUGAAGCAUGUUUUAAAAUUCCGGUCAAAAGAAUUGCUUAUAUACGAGAUAUUAAACUGGAAGAGAAAUUAUCUGAAAUUUUUAAAAAACCUGAAGAUCUUGAUAAUGCAGUAUUCAUUAUAAAUCCAAAGCAAUAA